AUGCGGCGCGGGGACGGCGCCCCGGGGGCGCUCGCCGGCGGCGACCCGGAGGACGGCGGCGUGCUCAAGGAGGGCUUCCUCGUCAAGAGGGGUCACAUCGUCCACAACUGGAAGGCGCGAUGGUUCGUCCUCCGGCAGAACACGCUGCUGUACUACAAGCUGGAGGGGGGCCGGAAGGUCACCCCUCCCAAGGGCCAGAUCCUCCUGGACGGCUGCACCAUCACCUGCCCCUGCCUGGAGUAUGAAAACCGACCGCUCCUCAUCAAGCUGAAGACUCGCACAUCCACAGAGUAUUUCCUGGAGGCCUGCUCUCGGGAGGACAGGGACGCCUGGGCCUUCGAGAUCACGGGGGCGAUUCACGCUGGGCAGCCGGGGAAGGUCCAGCAGCUCCACAUACAGAGAAACUCCUUCAAGCUGCCCCCUCACAUCAGCCUGCAUCGCAUCGUGGACAAGAUGCACGACAGCGCGACAGGAAUCCGGCCCAGCCCCAACGUGGAGCAGGGGAGCACCUACAAAAAGACCUUCAUUGGCUCCUCCCUGGUGGACUGGCUCAUCUCCAACAACUUUGCGGCCAACCGUCUGGAGGCCGUGACCCUGGCCUCCGUGCUCCUGGAGGAGAACUUCCUGAAGCCGGUCGGCGCCCGGAGCACCGAGGCCGUUCGCUCCGGGGACCUGGCCGAGCAGUUCCUGGACGACUCCACGGCCCUGUACACCUUUGCUGAGAGCCACAAGCAGAAGAUCAGUCUCCGGGAGGACAUUAACCUGAGCACCAUGGAGCUGAGCGGCACGGUGAUAAAGCAGGGCUAUCUGGCCAAGCAGGGCCACAAGAGGAAAAACUGGAAGGUGCGGCGCUUUGUUCUGAGGAAGGAUCCGGCUUUCCUGCAUUACUACGACCCUGCCAAGGAAGAGAACCGGCCAGUGGGUGGGUUUUCCCUUCGUGGCUCACUCGUGUCUGCUCUGGAGGACAAUGGCGUUCCCACGGGUGUUAAAGGGAAUGUCCAGGGAAAUCUCUUCAAAGUGAUUACUAAGGAAGACACACACUAUUACAUCCAGGCCAGCAGCAAAGCUGAGCGAGCCGAGUGGAUCGAAGCCAUCAAAAAGCUCACGUGA